AUGAUUGGAGUGACUUACAGUGAAGAACAAUUGCACCUGAACACCUUUACAAUCUUUACGAGACAAUGGCUCACCGAAGGAGCAAAAGCAACUCUAUUUGUACAACAUGGGUACGCUGAACACUCGGGAAGAUACAAACAUGUUGGAGAAUAUUUUGCGAAUCACAAGUACAAUGUCUUCAUGAUGGAUCUACCAGGACAUGGACAGUCGAGCGGAAUAGAAGGGGCUCCACGCACUUAUAUUGACUCUUUUGAGACGUAUAUAACAACAAUAAACCAGUUUGUAGACACGAUGAAGACUAAGAUGGAGUCUAAAAAUAUUAUACUUCCAAUGUUCUUUAUGGGCCACUCCAUGGGCGGCUUACUCACUUCUGUACUUGCUGGGCGCAAGAGUGAAAUGAAAGGGUUCAUCGCUUCUGCACCGGCGUAUAUAAUCAAGAACACUGGUCUCAAUUUGUUUUCUUGGGCUAUUCAAGGCAUAUUGAAAUUCAAUCCAUACCUCACAGCAGAUAUGGACAGUCCUUCUAACAUUAUUACAAACCAAGAAGUUGCAAGAGAAUAUGUCACUGACCCCUUUAAUGUAUGUUCCAAAGCGUGUGCGAUGACUUCUCUUGAGAUGAAGAGUUAUGGCGAAGUUGAAAAGGACAGAGACUUGGACAUUCCAUUUUACUUGUUCCACGGUUCUGGGGAUACACUUAUUGAUGUUAAAGGAGCAAGAAUUAAGGCUACUCAUUUAAAUAAUCCCGUGUCAAAGUAUGUUGAAUACCCCGGUGCGAAUCACGUGUUGUUGGAAGAGGACAAUAAAUUUGAGAUGUUAGAUGGUGUGGAAAAGUGGGUGGAUUCUUUGAUAGAGAAUAAAUGA